AUCAGAAACACUUCCGGUCUGCGCGCUCUUAAAAAAAAUACAAAUAAAAGCCCAACGCGGAAGUGCUCGCGUUCAUCUCUCUAGCUUGACGCCACCGAAAUAACCGUCCGCCCAGCUUGGCCGAGUUUACAUCGGAGUGCUGCUCGUCGCGCUUAUAUAACUCACUGACGACAUUUUUACUCCCAGGGACACAUCUUUUUUUUUAAACGUCACAGCAUGUAAACGCACACUUUUUUUUUGUUUUGGUCGAACAGUUUGCGAGUUUCCUUCAAUGAAUUAAAGCCGCGGGAGAAAGUGGAGCAGACUCGGAUCUCCUUCCUUCCUUCCUUCCUCCUGCGUCGACCUUGUUUACUUUAGUUGCCAAAUAGUGAGCCGCCCAGCGCGGUGUUUAUUCCGUGAAAAGUGGCGUCAGCUGCACGGAUUGUCAUGUACCUGCGUGGACUUUCGCUGUUUGUUUUUUUUACACAGAAGAUGACUUAAACGGAAGAGUGCUCCACCUUCCACCAAACAACAAAAAAGAAUAACGAAAUGGAUCAGAGUGGACCGAAUUGCAAUGGUAAUCGAGACGGCCGCCUGUCAUUCGUGGAGUCUGGAAUACACGUCGAUGGGGAUAAUGUGACCGCUUCUCUGCUGCCAACCGCCCCAGCCCCAAACGGACGGGUUGGAACCAAAGACCAAGUGGCGCUAGAAAGCCUUUUUGACUCCCACCAGCAGGUCUUCUGCGAAGGGUCUGACAUGAAGCCUGGUAAAAUGAUGAGACUAGAGAAGCCGCAGCAGCCGGAUAUCAAUAUGUUCAACAUUGAAGACGACUUGGCGAUAUUGAAUCAGAAUUUUUCAGAACUGGACAACACGUCCACCUCUGUCAUCAACACGUCUGUCCUAGGCAACCUCCCCCUGCCUGACCUUUUCCCCCAGCACAUCAAACAGGAAGGGGACUUCUCGUUGGAUAAAGAAUUGGGACCUUAUGGGGGUCACACGGGCGCUGCUUCCUGUGAUUUGACAGGGAGUCGCCUGAUCGAGGAGUGCGCGCUUUGGAAAGACUUGGACCUUCCGGGAUCCAUGCCAGAGAUCAGUGACUUUGAGCUAGAUUCAGAAGUGGCUCACUUGGAUAACAUCCUGCACGAUAGCGGCGGCGUGGGCGGACCUGUCGGAGGCUUGCCAAAAGCAACAAAACCGCCCAUGGACAAUGGCGGUAGCUGUCAAAAUGCUAACGGCGCAAGCCAGCAGCACCACACCGUCCUCCACCAUCCUCACCAGCAGCACCUUGUACAGCACCAGCUUCACCAUCAACAUCCGUCUUCACUUCUCACCAGCGUGGUCAUCAAGGAGGAGAAGGACCCCGACCACUCUUUCAUCCACAUCCACACUCCCGGUGUGGUCAAGCAGGAGAAGCAGGAGCGGCCCGCUUUCUGCCAGUCGCAGUGUCUCCAAGGCGGCUUGGGCUCGGUCCAAGCUGCGGCUCCGAUGUCCUCGUCCGUCAGCGUGGACGCGGAUCCCGGCUAUCGCUACAGAGCCAACCCGCCCGCCACCAUGAUAGAUCGCAAGCCCUUUGGCAUGUACUCAAACCUACCCCCUGCCGGGGACAGCUGGAUGCGAAGGGACGGGUAUGGAGAGGCCCUCGCGGUUCAAAGGGCCAACGAUGGGCUCCCCAACACAGCUGCUUUGACCUACCCUCUCAGCUUCUCAGGCUCAUCACCCAGAACGGCAGCCGAGUCCAACCGUUCCAUGCUGCUGCCGGGCCAGUCCAAACCCAAUGGGCAGACGCACAAGGUGUGUCUGGUGUGUUCGGACGAGGCGUCCGGAUGCCACUACGGCGUGGUAACCUGCGGCAGCUGCAAGGUGUUCUUCAAGAGGGCUGUGGAAGGAUGGAGAGCACGACAAAAGACAGAUGGGCAGCACAACUACCUGUGUGCAGGGAGGAACGACUGCAUCAUCGAUAAGAUCCGCAGAAAGAACUGUCCGGCAUGCCGCUUCCGCAAAUGCCUUCAAGCUGGAAUGAAUUUGGAGGCAGCAAGGAAAAACAAGAAGCUGAGGAAGCUGGAUAAUGACAAGAACUCCCGCUGCCUUGCCCUGCCUCAGCCCGUCCCCGCCAUGCCCGUGGCGAUCAUCCCUGCCUGCAUGCCCCAGCUGGCGCCCUCCAUGUUGUCGGUGCUCAAGGCCAUCGAGCCUGAGAUCAUUUACUCUGGCUACGACGGCACCCUCCCCGACACGUCCACGCGCCUCAUGUCCACGCUCAACAAGCUCGGCGGACAGCAGGUCAUCUCGGCGGUCAAGUGGGCGAAGUCGCUGCCAGGCUUCCGUAACCUGCACUUGGACGACCAGAUGACGUUGCUGCAGUGCUCCUGGCUCUUCCUCAUGUCCUUCAGCCUGGGCUGGAGGUCCUAUGAGCAAUGCAACGGGAGAGUGCUCUGCUUCGCACCCGACCUUGUCAUCAACCAGGAGCGUAUGAAGCUGCCCUUCAUGACGGAGCAGUGCGAGCAGAUGCUGAAGAUCUGCAACGAGUUUGUGCGUCUGGAAGUUUCCUACGACGAGUAUCUGUGCAUGAAGGUGCUGCUGCUGCUCAGCACAGUUCCUAAAGAUGGGCUGAAGAGUCAGGCGGUGUUCGACGAGAUCAGGAUGACGUACAUCAAAGAAUUAGGGAAAGCCAUCGUUAAGCGAGAGGAGAACACCAGUCAGAACUGGCAGCGCUUCUACCAGCUGACCAAACUACUGGACUCCAUGCAGGAGAUGGUGGAGGGCCUGCUGCAGAUCUGCUUCUACACGUUUGUGAAUAAAACCCUGAGUGUGGAAUUCCCCGAGAUGCUGGUGGAGAUCAUCACCAACCAGAUCCCCAAAGUGAAAGACGGCAGCGUCAAGCAGCUCUUCUUUCAUCAGAAGUGACCGCCUCCAAGUCUACAAACACGCCUUAAAACAAAAACCAUGCCUGUCUUUUGCUAAAAUGUACGCGGGCCGCUUCACACCUGAUGAUUAGUAAUAUUAGUAUUGGCAUCGGAUGGACCGCCGCCCGCCAGAAGCCCCGCCUCCUCAUGCACUCAGGUUGACGAGGACAAGCGCUUGUCAUGUGUGGUCCUCAAGAGGACAUCUUUCUGCCAGCGCCCUCUUCCUCUGCUUACUAACUAACCAUCACGUCGUGACGCUCAAGUGUAUCCAAGUCGCCCACCUGCUCCGCUCCACGCCCUCGGAAUGUACUCGCCACCUCCCCCUCACAAUUGUCCUCCUUGUUUGUGGUAGGACGAACGAGUGCCUUUCAGCUCCUUACACAUUUGAUCGGUAGUAUUAUUGUACACCUUCAUUAUUGUCAGUAUUAACACCUUCAUUAUUGUCAAUAUUAACCUUCAUUAGCAGAGAGGAGCGCUCGGUCAGCUGUUCCCGCUGGAAACAAAAAACAUGUCACAUGACUCAAAGUCGACAUAUUGUCCAAGUUAUGCAAUUUUACAAAGAAAAAGUUUAGACAUUUAAGGCGGAAAGUAAAAAAAAAAAAAACAUGAAUAUAUGCUACGAAAGUAUUUUACGAGAGAACACCAAAGUCGGGAUUUAACGAGAAAUAGUUUUUUCCUCACAAAAAUGACGUACCGUAUUUUUCAGAGUAUAAGUCGCACCGGCCGAAAAUGCAUAAUAAAGAAGGAAAAAAACAUAUAUACGUCGCACUGGAGUAUAAGUCGCAUUUUUUGGGGACAUUUAUUUGAUAAAACCCAACACCAAGAAUAGACAUUUGAAAGGCAAUUUAAAAUAAAUAAAGAAUAGUGAACAACAGGCUGAAUAAGUGUACGUUAUAUGACGCUUAAAUAACCAACUGAGAACGUGCCUGGUAUGUUAACGUAACAUAUUAUGGUAAGAGUCAUUCAAAUAACUAGAACAUAUAGAACAUGCUAUACGUUUACCAAACAAUCUGUCACUCCUAAUCGCUAAAUCCCAUGAAAUCUUAUACGUCUAGUCUCUUACGUGAAUGAGCUAAAUAAUAUUAUUUGAUAUUUUACGGGUAAUGUGUUAAUAAUUUCACACAUAAGUCGCACCCCCGGCCAAACUAUGAAAAAAAACUGCGACUUAUAGUCCGAAAAAUACGGUAAUCGUAAAUCACAAGAUUUAUAACAAUAUUCUGAAUGUAGUUUAUUUUUAUACUGGAAAAAAAUGUCCCGAUAUUCCGAUAAGAAUUUAGAUUUAUGAAGAACACGCGAAGGAGUAAUCGUACGAUAUUUAGACAAACUCUACGAGAGAAAUUGUCGACUUGCAAGACCCAAGUUUGGUGAAAAAAUGUCACAAGAAUAAUACGAUAUUUCAAAGCUGACUAUCCUUCAUGAAAAAUCCAAAUAUCGCAACGAAUUUACGUCUAUUUGGUCGUAACUUUAUCGCAACGGCCGCAAGUUGUAUUUUAUAUUCCAACAAAAAAUUAUAUUUUCCGGCACAUAUUAAACAAUUUUAUUUUUUUCCUGUGGUAAAAUUUUAGUAAAACGUCUUUUUGUUUCUCAUAAACGACUUAGAUUACCAAUGUAGAUUUAUUUUGAAAUAUUUGUCGUCCUCACGCCGCUAACCUUGAGUUCAAAGUUACCGUUUAUUGAAUAGAGAAUUUGACGUUAAAACAUAUCUUUAUUACGUAACGUGUGUCACAUGACAUGAAGAAACCCUUUAAUCAAGUCGACUUCAAAAUAAACAGAUGAAUAUAUAUAUUUAUAUAUAUAUUUAUUUUUGCUUUCGUUUUGUAACGUGGAGGAAAACAAGGAGGAACCCCCAUAGAGCAGAUCAUACCUUCAGCUUUUUAAAGGAAUUGAUCAUCUUUUAAAACGCUAUCAAAGCUCAGGCUCGGUCACUGCAGGUCGGAAAUCAUUUAGUGUGUUUAUGAAAAGCAGCUUCAGAGAAAACUGAUGGAAGCUUCUAGCACUUCUUCAGAUGCACAAAACAACGUUUGCGGCUCUUUUAUCAACAUUUUGCAUACUAAUGGUAAAAAAAAAAAAAACAGUGAUUAAGAAAAGAAAAAAAGGGCCCUGCCUCUUGCUUACUUUAUUUUAUGUGGAGCGCAUUGAUUUUCUGUGCUUCAAGCGCUUAAUGGCAGUUUACCAGGUAGUGGGCGUUACCAUGGCGAUGGGUCAUCAUGGUGAUGGGCCUCAGAGUUUUUUAUUCAAAUCAGCUUCGCGUUGACUCUUGCAUUUAUUUUAGUGUGUGGUGCAGCUUCACAAAACCAGCGUGGACAUGAUGAUGUAAUGUCCAACAAGUGUACAUAGGGGGCGCCAACAUACGCGGUGCAAUGCAAAUAGCUUUUAUUCAUGUCAAUUGUCUUUUUUUUCUUCUUUUUUUUUUUGAAAAACGUGAAAAAAAAGUAAGGGGACGUUUGUGUUUUUAACAACGCUCUUUGCCAGUGCGUCCAAUUCUCUAUUUUAGGGGGAGAAACAAAAGAAUUGUUUGUGACGAACAUAAAACAUUAAAAAAGAUAAUGACAUUGUAUUUGUAGCCCUGCAAAAAUGUCUGAAGGUUAUUUUCUUUCAUAGUUAAGGAAAAAUCCUGUUUUUUUGUU